AUCCGGCUUGUGGGGUGCUGGUUGGUGGUGGUGGUGGUUGUGUUUCCAAAGGAAGGGGGUGGUAGGUGGAGGGAGCCCGAGUCAAGAAGAGGAAGACGCAGCGGCCAGCUCGGAGCCUCCACAUCAGUCCCAGUCCUGCACGAGGCUUAAGCUCAAAGGCGCAACCAUGAAAGACCCAAGUCGCAGGAGUACUAGUCCAAGCAUCAUCAAUGAAGAUGUGAUCAUGAAUGGUCACUCUCAUGAGGAUGAUAAUCCAUUUGCUGAGUAUAUGUGGAUGGAAAACGAAGAGGAGUUCAACAGGCAGAUUGAAGAAGAGUUGUGGGAAGAAGAAUUUAUAGAACGUUGCUUCCAGGAGAUGCUGGAAGAGGAGGAAGAACACGAGUGGUUUAUUCCGGCAAGAGAUCUCCCACAAACAAUGGAUCAAAUCCAGGACCAGUUUAAUGAUCUUGUUAUCAGUGACAGUUCAUCACUGGAAGAUCUGGUGGUCAAGAGUAAUCUUAAUCCAAACGCAAAGGAGUUUGUUCCUGGGGUGAAGUACUAAAUAUAUGAGUAGACUGGGCCCUCUUUUGGUGGAUGUAGCACAAUUUCCACACUGUGAAGCCAGUAUUAGAAGAUUUAAUUGUUAAAACGCUCUCUCUUCUUGUCACUGUGUUACACUUACGCAUUGCCAAAGUUUUGUUAGUCUUGCAUGCUUAAUAAAAGUGCUGAGACUGUUAUUAAGUCAACUGCUGUUAAUGAGGUUAAUGAAAUGGAAAACAGGAAAUACUGCAAUUGGACCCAGGCUUUUUUUUGUGAAGGAAGACAGUGAGGUAGGAAGGCACCAGUCAAGUUGAGAAAAGUACCAAGUUUCUGAGAAACUCUCGCAAAAUUCUGUGUCUUAGAAGGAUUCAAACUUUGACCAAAAAAAAAAGUGGUCUGUUUUUAACAAAACGAUGAGUUGGUGUUGCUAAGCACCCGACGAUGCCUUAAUGUGACAGUUAAAAGCAAGGUUAUCUGAUUAUGCAGACUAGCUGAAUUUCAGUACUGCUACUAACUCUUCCCUCUAUCAAGCGAAGUUUCACGCUCUUCUUUUUGAGAAAAGUGUGACUAAUGUAUUAUACCUGAAACUGCUUUUACAGACCUGUACAGAGUUCUUUACCUUGGCGACGGACCUGGUUGGGGAGCAGGGUGGGAGAAAUGACUGGAAGAUGAAAUUGCAUUUACAGCAAGUUAUCAUGUCGGAGCGUCUGUCCCACUUCUGAAUUUCUAGUGACAGUGACGAGAGGUUGUGCAUCACAAUUUCUUCCAGGAAUCCAGAAACAUGGCACUGCCUAUAUAAAAUUCUGCAACCUUAAAGAGUUGGGUUUACCUGUAAAACAUUAGCGUUAGUGAUUUGAGUGGUGCUUUUCCCUUGCUUUGUUUAAUCAUCACUACACCAAUAGUCUACAGCACAACUUUUUUUAAAAAAAUACAGCUUAGAACAGUUUUGGCUUCUUAAACUUCAUAUUUGGGUAGCAUAAGCUGCCAUACGUGUUCAGUGUGAAUAGUGUUUAAGUUGAAAAUAUUGUAAAAAAAUUAUAUUUUUUCAAAAAUAUUUAAAAAAAUAAAUAAUAGUAGAAACGA